AUGGGGCUCGUCCCCCAGACCUUCAGCGCCCCCAACGCCUACGCCGUGCUCAUAUUGAUCGGGAUCCUCUUCGUCGUCUCCUGUAUCGCGGGGCACGUCGGCAACCGCUCCAGGUCCACCUGGCUGCUCGGGGUCCACCUCCACAGCUUGUUCGCCUUGUUCGUCAUCCUCUUCCUCAUCACCGUCUUCUCAGCAAUCGCCGUCUACAAGGGCGCCGGGGAGGACGACAGUGCCUGGUACGAGAGAGGGUCCAAGGACUGCAGCUUGGCCAGGGUGUGGGAGAAGCAGGUCGUCCAGGACUACAUUGGACACUCCAAUGUUUGCAAGAGCCUGGAAGCCAACAACGGCGCCGCCGCCUACGACGACGGCUCCGACUAUGCCAUCAAGUCCGGCUGCUGCAAGCCCCCCACCUGCUGCAACUUCGUCUACCUCGGCGGCACAACGUGGGUUGCGACCACCCAGGGCAGCAUCUGCACCAAGGAUGUAGACUGCAGAACAUGGAGCAACGACGCCGCAAAACUCUGCUACAACUGCCUGUCGUGCAAGGCCGCUGUGUUGGCCACGGCAGAACGGGAGAUAAAGACUGGGGUCAUCUUCAGCAUCGUCUUCCUCUUUUAUAUCAUAUUCGCCUACUCCAUUGCAGCACGUCGCCUCUCGCAUACCCUCAGGGAAAUGUAG